UAUUAAUAAAGAAAAUGCAAAAUACAUACUGCACAAGUAAAGUAACAGAGUAAUUUUGAAAAGUUUAUAAUAGUAAUCUUCCACCCAAAAAAAAAAAAAAAAUCAGUUCAUUUUGCAUUUGAACAUAAUUUUGCAAUGGUAGUUACAUUUGCAGCCAUAGCAAAAUCCAUCGGGCAACAAUGCUUGAAGCGUCAAAUUGGAGUCCAAAAAUGGCAGCUUCAGACUCAUAGAACUUUAAUAUUACAGUCCGCUUCUCAAUCCGUCAAAUUGGAUAGACUCUCCGAUUCCGAUUCCGGGAUUUUGGAGGUAAAAUUGGAUAGACCGGAGACGAGAAAUGCGAUUGGGAAGGAAAUGCUUAGAGGAUUACAGCAAGCGUUUGAAGAUGUGAGUAAUGAACGUUCAGCAAAUGUUUUGAUGAUCUGUAGUGCGGUUCCUAAAGUGUUUUGUGCUGGAGCUGAUUUGAAGGAACGAAAAACUAUGAUUCCAUCGGAAGUCCUGGAUUUUGUAAGCACUUUGCGAUCAACGUUUGUCUUUUUGGAGGCUCUUCAUAUCCCUACAAUUGCUGCCAUUGAGGGUAUAGCAUUGGGUGGGGGACUUGAAAUGGCAAUGUCUUGUGAUAUCCGGAUAUGUGGUGAAGAUGCAGUGUUGGGCUUACCUGAAACAGGACUUGCUAUAAUACCAGGAGCAGGAGGUACACAACGGCUUCCUAGAUUGGUUGGGAAAUCAAUUGCAAAAGAUUUAAUAUUUACUGGCCGAAAGAUAAGUGGGAAAGAUGCUGGAUCAAUAGGGCUUGUCAAUUACUGCGUUCCUGCUGGUGAGGCUCGUCUCAAGGCGCUUGAACUUGCUAGGGAUAUUAAUCAGAAGGGUCCCCUUGCUUUAAGAAUGGCAAAACGUGCAAUUGACAAAGGAGUGGAGCUAGAUACUGAAACAGGUUUAGAUUUGGAGUGGUAUUGCUAUGAACAACUGUUACACACAAAAGAUCGGUUAGAAGGCCUUGCUGCAUUUGCUGAGAGGAGAAAACCUAGGUACAAUGGUGAAUGAAAAGAUUGUAACGCGUCCAGUAGAUAAACCUAUCAUUCAUGUCGAAAACCAAAACACACUACUCCAUUUAUACGUUAUCUAAUUCACAUUAUGAUUCAUGUCCUA